AAGGAAGCGACCCACUACUGCACAGAUGUAACGUUAGGCAAACUCAUGGAUACAAAGCUUAUAGCGACAACUAGCGUAUUUCAGCGUAUACAAUCAUGGAAAUAUGCCUGUGGUGCACUACUGAGCGAGAGAAUGUGGUGGAAUUUCUGGAGCAGUAUGCCGCCUCCUCUCUCAGCCAGGACCAAUUACAGACUGCCACAGAAGACUUGAAUAAUUGUGCUGACUGUGUGUCAGAGUACCACCUUGCUCGCUCUCAGGUGCCACAUCUGCACAAGCGCCUCUGGGUGCUGGAAACGAAGCGCCUGCUAACGCGUUUCUGUCAGAUGACCCAAGAUGACAUUGAGGAUGACCUCUUUAUUGUGGAGGAUAAUCAGGAGAGGCCCGUGUCAAAGAUGACGAUGGGGGAGUUUGAAGCAGCCCUGCGAAUACCUCUUAUAGAGAUACUGCAGUAUCCAUACCUGUUGGCGCAUUCCAAAUUGAGUGAUGUGUGUCUUGAUGCACUGUGUAGAAUUGAGUCCAUUGACAUAAAGGAGAAAUAUAAAGGCAUCUACCUGUUGUUGGUGCACCCCAAUGAGAAGGUCCGAAGCUGGGCAAUCGCAACAGCGCGGAUGUUGGGAUGUGUAGACCGCGAUGAUUUCUAUGAUGUGGAGGAGGUUCUGGCCUGCAUGUUCUGUGUGCUUGAGCUGGGCAUCUCUUUUCCCCUGGAGGACUCUGACCCACCCUCAGCCUGUAAUGGCAAGCUUGCCCGCAUGCCAGCGCACCUCUAUGACUCUAGCAAUGUGAAAAACUACUGGCUAGGUAUAUGCAUGUUGUUAACGGUGCUGGAUGCCCAGGCAAUGGACUCGCUGUUUUUAGGACCUAACAAACAGACCAACAUCCUGCAGUGCAUCCUCAAUGCUAUGGAGGAAGAGGGGAGAGAAUUUGACUCCACGUCUGACCCCUUCUGGCCAGCUCUCCAGUGUUUCAUGGUGAUUCUGGAUCGCCUAGGUCCUCUCAGCUGGGGUUAUAUCGACCCUAUCAAAGCCUUCAACAUAAUUACUGACAGCUCCAGUUAUAUAUCAGAGAUUGAAACAAUCAGAUCAAACACUCGUAUGAAUGUGAAGGAAGAGAUUGAAGAUGAUGACCUUGUCACUUGUAGUCAGAUGGUGUAUGCAACAUUCCUUCAGCAAAAAUCAAGUAAGUCCCACAGGAGUCAUCGAGCAGAGGGGCUUGACCAGCAAGUGUAUAAAGAGAUGGCGUCCCUUGUCAGUUUACUUCAUACAGAACUGGGGAAGGAGAUGCACUUGUACAACAGCACCUUCCUCUGGUUUAUUCCCUUUGUGCGGUCCGUCAUGAACAUGGCUGAACUCAGCAUCCAUUACAUACAGCCAGUGGUACAAUACUUGCGUGACCAAGUCAGAAAAAUGGUCACCAAGUCCGCCAUAUGGGACAAAGUCACCGUGUUUUUCGCCUACCUCCUGGUCCAUGUUGUGGAAAUGCUUCUAACUGAGGGACGAAUGGAUAUUUUGCAACACUGCUCAUACAUGUGGAUAAAGAUUAUUGUCAAGGGGGCCAUGAUUGACAACAUGAUGGGUACGGGGGGAUAUGAAGUGUCCGUAUCCUCAUCCUCCUCCAUGUGGGGCUCUGGUCGGUCCACUGGGGGAGCGAUGAGUAGUCUGAGCAGCACCCUCCACCUGGCAUGCUUGAAAGUUAUUCGUCUGGUUCUAAAGGAGGGAGGCCGCCUGGGCUCUGAUUUACACCCUCGUGCAUUCUAUUUCCUGAACCUGUUGAACAAACAUCUACGUGAUGCCACUCCAAGAGGGUGGAGUUUGUCAGUAUCUGAACAGAAUGAACUACAACAGUGCCUUAAGCAUCUAGCAGAAACCUUCGCAAAGAAAGUCCCCAUGUCUGCCUCAACAGCAGCCUCUGUGUCUGCAUUACCCACUCCUCCAGCAGAGACUGCAGCAAUGGAGUCCCCUUUUCUUGGACAAGUAGAUCUGAGUUUCAUCAAAAAGGAGCCUGUGUCGUGUAGUUCCCCUGUUAGGGACAUGGACUGUACUUCUAAUGUCGCAUCUGUCAAAGACGAGCUAGCUGUGGAUAUUCAUCAUCUGAAGCCUGACCUCGGAAAACUGCAGGCUAUUCGUUCUCGUCUCAGCGAUAAUCUGCCCAAGAUGCAGGCCAUUGUGCAGAACAAACCAGAUGGGGCUGAUCAUGUCAGUCCACCUAGUCUGGUCUCAGAAGGGAAAAGAUCACCAGGGAGUCCUCGUCCUUCAACCUCAACCUGCGCUCAGACGUCACACUUACCAGAUGAGAAAGAAGAUGAUGAGCCACUGCUUGUUAUGCAGCAGCGCCUAAUUCAAGGGGAAAAUGACGAGAGUGAAGAGGAAUCAAAUGUGAGCAUUAUAGUAAUUUCCGAUGAAGACAUGGCCUCUGUAAAUGGUGUAGAGAGCGGCGAUGGCAUGGGACCCCUGUUUAAGAUUAAAAAGGAACAGGAGCAUAUGGUAGAGAGCCCUGGUCGUGAUUUUGAUGGAGAUCUCAGUGAAUCGCAAGUUUUUGAGUUUGAGACUCAGGAGGAUGUCGCGUCUGCUUGGAGCGACACACGUUUUGAUUUAGCAGGUUCAUCAAAAGACCCUGUCCGUGUUGCCUUUGAAACUGAGUUUGUCAAACCUAAAUCUCCACCCCAAAAAGUUUCUUCAAAGAAACCGAAACCGAAACCACCACCACCUAUCAUUGAGCCACAACCUUUGAGGAAGAAACGGACUUCAGCUGCUCACCAAGUAGCCCAGGCAGCAAAUGUUGAAGCGACAGUUGACGCACCAAGCACUUCGCGUGUCCACGCCUCUACCCCAGCCAUUGUUCCUCCUAAGAAAUUUCGAAAGGUUCCAGAACCCACGUCUACUGUGGAGCGCCUGGGGUUGAAGAAGCGUAAAAGGACUGCAUUUGACCUAUCUCAGCGGUCCCUGACCUCUGUGGAAGAGCUGCGCCGCUAUGGCCAGACGGUCCAGGUGGAAAAGAAAGUAAAGCGACUUCGUAUCUCCAAGCCUACCUCAACCCACAAGACCAUGGGGAAGAAUCAAAAGCUGCUGGCCUCCCAGGAGAUGCAGUUUCACAGACUGAGCCGUAAUCAGGUACAGAAAGUAACUUCUCAGACUAAGCAAACCACUCCGUUGUCUCCAACUUUGCAAGCCCAGACAGCCAGAUCAUGUACGAGUGAGGGAAAGAAGCAUGAGGGAAACGGUAGUAAUGAUUCAAACAUGCAGAGCUGUGACUUGGAUCAGAGAUCUAAUGGAAGUGGCGAUGGUACUCCCACUGGUAGCGCUGUUGAAAGUGACGAUGGCAAAGAUGAGGAACGGCAAGAUAUUUUUGUCGGCCAUGACUGGAAUCUGACUCUAUGUGAUCCCACAGACAUGGAGCUCUGCUCCCAAAUGGAGCAGUUUGAUGAAGAGAAUGAUGCCGAUAAUAAUGAUGAUGAUGAUGAUGGGGUCUUCCUCACACAGAGGGAUCCUAUUGAUAUGGACAUUGAUGAUGAUGAUGAGCAGGAGCCUUUGUCAACAGUGCCUUCAGUACCUGUGGAUCAACCUAAAGAGACUUCAUCUCCCCCUAUGGCUCCCUCUUUACCCCAACCUUCGGCAGGACCUCUACCAUGCACCAUGCACCAAAGUGAUGACCCGUUGAAGCCUGACAUGCCUUCGAUGACCCAGAAGAAGGCUAGGCCUUCUACCACAAAGAUAUACACGCCUAGUUCACGCAAUGAUACUCUGGUUCAAGAUCUGAAACUCCCACCUCCCAAACCAAAGAUUGCGCACCAAGCACUUAUGCCUCCGCCUCUUGUACCACCACUUAAACCACGGCCACCCGCUCCAGCUCUACCACGACCUAUACAACGCCCAUCUGCUCCAUCUGUAUUCAGACCAGCUCCCAUACUCAAAGCCCCACCUCACCCCCUGCGACCUGUUGAGCCAAGCCACAAGCCUGCUCCGCAGCCACCGCCCACUUACAAGACAUACCCCCGUCCUGAAGCGUCCACCUCAUCGAGCAGACAACCCUCACUCUCGCACAACUUAAGGGCAUCCAUCCUCAAGGCAAACGUUCUGAAGUGGAAGUACAGUUUUUUCGAGGAGUGUAAGCAGUUUGGCCCCCCAGAGGCUCUCUGUGAUAUGCCACUAAAGCUGGUGCCACAGACCUUUCGGUCAUUUAUGGACUAUUUCCAGACAUUUUUCCCCCUGCUGGUUACCAACACAUUUGAAGAGCUGUUCAGUGAGUGGCUAAGGGAGGACCGGGUCAAACUGAAGCUGAUGGUUCAGUCUGUUGAUUACGGGUCUUUGGAUACUGGCCUCUUCACUGUCACCAAUGCUAAUUUUUUUGCAAAUCUGACACCAAAGCAGGAGUCGCAACAGUUGUACCCAAAAGAGGACGACGUUGUGAUCCUGUGGCUCCCUCAGAACACAGCUUCAUAUGCUCGCUCACCCUUCAGCGACGAGCACAAGCCAGAUGAUUGCCAGCCACACUUUGGUGUCGUUGCCCGCAGUAAUGUUAUCAUUGCAGGUGCGAGGCGAGACCUGAAACUGAAGGUACAGACUUGUGGCAACGUGUUGUCCGUUGACAAGCAGCAGGUACAGUGUGAGGUGAUAGGCAGUAUGCUGAGUGCCAUGCGCGAGCUCAAUGCUCUGUGCCACAUUCAAGACAAGGCCCUAAUCCAGACGAUCCUGGCACCAGAUAAGCACUUUGCACAUUUCCUGCCAGCCACCCAGGUUGACCAGAGGUUUGAGGGAUGUAAUAUAGAACAGGCAAAGGCGAUAGAUUGUGGCGUUUCCAUGGUGAUGAGCGGACAGCCAACCCCCAAAAUAUGUAUGAUCCAUGGCCCCCCUGGAACUGGCAAGAGUGACACAAUUGUAAACCUACUCUAUCAACUGUCACAGCGUGGUGCUGCAGACCCCACAGGGCAGAAGCGUUUGCAUGCACUUGUCUGUGCUCCCUCCAAUGCCGCUGUUGAUAAUCUGAUGAAGAAGAUCAUCGUGUUCUUCAAAGGACAGAGCAAAGAUGGAAAACGCAAAGGCAACUGUGGAGAUGUUAACCUAGUGAGACUGGGCAGUGAAAGGACCAUUUGUGAGGAAGUUGUGGCGUUCAGUUUGGACAGUCAAACCAGGAGUCGAACAGUAAAAGCACAGAAUAUUGAGCAGAGGAUUGCAGAAUUGGAGCAGAACAUGCAUAACCUGACACACAUGUGUGCCAUGGCCCAAGACCCUGCAAAGCUUGCCCAAUUGCGCGACAAAAACUUAAAACUGAAUGAGGAGAGGGAGAGACUCAGCCACCAAAUGAAACAGUGCAGAAGUGGGAGGCAGAACACGCAGCGCCUCAUCCUGCAGGAGGCCAACAUCAUCUGCUGCACCCUCAGCACCAGCGGAAGCAUGGUGCUGGAGAUGGCCUUCCGUCGCCGAGGACGCGUACCGUUCAACUGUGUCAUCGUUGAUGAGGCAGGUCAGGCCAAGGAGACGGAGACUCUGAUUCCUCUGCUGUUCCGUUGCCCCUCCCUUGUCUUGGUGGGAGAUCCUGACCAGCUCCCACCAACAGUCAUAUCACAGAAAGUGAAGGAGCUCGGGUUUGACCAGUCACUGAUGGCUCGACUGUACAAAUGUAUAAUGAGUAAUCGUCUGAGCCCCCCACGCAUCCACUUCCUGAGUCAGCAAUACAGGAUGCACCCAGACAUCUGCUCCUUCCCUUCCAGAUACAUCUACAACAACGUACUCAAGACCGAUAGAGCGAUCGCUCAGAAUCGCUGCUCUAAGGACUGGGCUUGCGAGUCCUACAGGGUGCUGGAUGUUGCUGAUGGACAGGAGAUGAGGGAGAAUGACUCUUAUUUCAACCCUAAGGAGGUGAAACUGACCGUAGAGUUGGUGCAGCUGAUCCUCGAGGUGUACCAGAACCGCGUCCCCUCCCAGUCACUCCGUGGGAUCAUUGGGGUCAUCACGCCAUACAGUGGACAGAAGUUUCGGAUUCGCAGUGCCCUGCGACAAAGAAACUUGCAAAAGGUGGUGGUGGACACAGUCGAUGGCUUUCAGGGCAGGGAGAUGGACUGUAUCAUUGUGUCCUGUGUGCGAGCCAGCAAUGAAAUGGGCUCCAUCGGUUUUCUAGGGAAUCGUAACCGAAUGAAUGUCACGAUCACCAGAGCCAAAUACAGCCUCUUCAUUUUGGGACACCUGCGGACCCUGAGGGAACACAGCGACUGGAGGGCUUUGAUAGAGGAUGCGGAGAGCCGUGGGACCAUCAUAACGACGAAGGAGCAGCAUUUCAAAACCGAUGCCCGCAAGAUAUUUAAACGAGAUGCCCUCCCCCCUCCCCCUCACAGGACACAAGACUGGCCCUCGAACAGGCCCCGAUCAAACAGCACCCCCCCGUACCCAAACACCACUAGGGAUCACAGGGCUCCACAAUCCACCAAGCUCACCCAAGACCCACGGUCCAGUAAUGCGUCCUCAGGAACGAUUGCCUCCAGGCCUGCAUCCUCCACCACAGCCAGGGGACCGGAUCCUACAGGUCUGCCAAGAGACCCUCGGCAACGGGGCACCUCCUUGGACACUGCCCCCUCCAGGCAUCCAUCCUCCACCACAGCCAGGGGACCGGAUCCCACAGGUCUGCCAAGAGACCCUCGGCAGCGGGCCAUUGCCUUGGACUCUACCUCCACCAGGCCUGCAUCUUCCACCACAGCCAGGGGACCGCAGGAUCCCGCAGAUCGGCCGAGAGACCCUCGGCAGCGGGGCGUCUCAUCGAACACUGCCCCCUCCAGGCAUCCGAAUCUCAGGGUUAUCAGGGACCGGCGUGACUCCAGUGAACAUGAGCGACGACGACCCAGUCAGAACCAGACGGUAUCGUCGAGUUCCACGGUCCAAAGAAGCAACUCCAUCUCUCAUCAACCCCCUUCAAAUUACUCGAGGAGGGAGAGGCACUAGUAUCUUUUUUCCCUUCUUUUUUUAAAAACCUUAUUUCCGCAUUGGGACUACUUUGUAUAUACUGACUGUACAUACUUUGCAAGAAAUAACAUACUUUUAUUUUUAUCUACCUUUUAAUUGUGAAAGUGUGUUGACACUUGUUUUUGUUUUUGUCAUAUUUGUUACAAAAUGGCUGAAUAAGACUUUGCUCGCGCUACUCAGACAGUUUGCAUUAGUGGAGAUCGUUGUGUGAUCAGUCACCGUCUCCAUCCAAGCAGAAAGGCCUUUCACCAGGGAUAUGCACAACAGCACCUUUUUUUUCUGGGGCUUUUGUGCUGUUGGAAAGAAGCUAAUCUGGAUUUGCACAUAGACCAAUAUUUUGUACUUUGCGCUUCAAAUGGGCAAGCACGUUUUAUAGGAUUUAGUACACGGCUUCAGCAGCAGUGAACCUCCAGUUUGAGAUUCGUGCCUUAGUUUCUUUGAGAGUUAUUUCUUUUUAUAGGAAAGAAGUUCAUAGGAAAGAAGAGUGUUUUUAUAAAUUGGAUCUAGUUUGUAUGUCAGUAUUCAUCUGUAUCUGACUGGAUUGUGCUGGAGUCUAUGUAGAAUUAAAUCUUAACUACUGGCGUUUUAUGUCUGGACACUUUGGUUGUCUUGUGUGUUUGUGUGUGGGGGGUGGUUGUCUUGUUGUGGGUCUUCUGGUUUUAGUCUCUUUUUGGCAGCCUCUGCUAAAGCUUGCCAAGACAAUGCAUUCAUGGUGCUUUCCUUGUCUCCUUUAGUUGUUGUUAGAGAACCAGGCAAGCAAUAAUUUAAAGUGUUGUAUCAUGUUUUUGAAAAUGGACUCAACAGGAGCCUUGGCUUAUACAAAACAUGUUGCAGUAGACAAAGCUGAGGAAACUGUAUUUUUAGGUUUCCCGAAGUGGUCCUUGAGU